UGAUUACCGACAGGUCGGACACAUGUUUCACAGUUAACGGAUCAGAAACUUCACAAACGCACAGUUGCCUUACUAGGAAUGAUACUGGAGAAUGGAUAAUCCACAACACAAUGAUAUGGUAUUGACGUCAUCCACAAAUACUCAAGACUUCGGAGCCCAUAUUUCUAUCAAUGGUACAAUAGAGAAAGCCCACUCAAAUUAUUGUGAAGUAGACGAUAAACUUCGUUUAGCUGAAGAUGUAAUAAAAUGUCUCUCAGAAAGAUGUGAAGAACUGGAAAAUCUAAGCGAAUAUCUCCCAUGUGUUAGAAAGGAAAUUCGUGGACAAAUCGAUCAAAGCAUGCAAAUGAUACAGAGAUCUGUUAGUGAAAGGCAUGACUAUCUUUUAAAUGAACUUGAUUCUUGUUUAAGCGUUCGAAAUGAAGCUAUACAGAAGUUGCAUGCAGAAUUUGAGACUCGGCUUCAAAGACUUUCUUCACACGUCGAUCUUUUAAAACGACUUUUACACACCCCGCCCAAUGAUGAAAUAUCUUAUCAAACUCAAAAGUUUAUUCAAAACACUCUUUCAAGAGAUCUAGCUGCUCAAAAGCACAAAGCUGAGAUCGAAAAGCUUAUUUCUGCUCCCAUACCUUUGCACCCAUCUGAAUCUGAUACCACGUCCUUUUUCCCUACAGACUUGGACCAGCUUUUAAGCAUGGUCAAGUGCGUUGGCUCUCUCGGCUUAACUGCAGUUGAUGCUCAAAAUACUAGCUUAUCUGACAACUACCUGGAUCAAUUUGUUUCAGUCAGACGCUGUCAAGCAAAUGAAGAAGUCAAGGUUGAUAUUAUCACUAAUGACAGGUUGGGUCGUUCAGUAGCAAAUGCAUCCAGCAAAGAAUUUUCAGUUCUUUUAACUCAGAAAAGUGUCAGUGAAAUAGAGGUUGGAAUUCAAGAAAAGCAAAUAUCAGACAGCGGUUCUAGUCUUUCACUUCAUAGCAACCAAAAUGGAAGUAACAAUCAAGAACAUAAUUUACAGGUUGUUUAUAAAAUUUCUCACCCUGGUUUAUACGAUUUAAGAAUUAAGUUAUUUGGUGAACAUAUUAAAGGAUCACCCUACUGUAUUAGUGUUGAUACUCCUCCUAAAGCAAGUCUACAAGCAAUAUCUGAAACAAUGAGAGAAAUUAGUGAAUUACCACACCGUACAAAACACAGAAUUCAAUCAAGAAGGCGUAGUCAAUCUGCACCUGUUUAUUCCAAUCUAUCAGAUCAACCAACAGCAUUAGCUGAUCUACAUAAGAUGGAAAGAGGUGACUUUUUAUAUUCUGUUGGUACGAAAGGAAGAGGUAAUGGUGAAUUCGCUAAUCCAUGUGGAAUAUGUGUAACACGAGAAAAUAAAAUACUUGUCGCUGAUAGUAACAAUGCAUUUGUUCAAGUAUUCACACUUGAAGGUCAAUUUAUCUUUCAUUUUGGAGAGUAUGGAUAUCAUCCUGGUCAAUUAAUGCGACCAGUGGAUGUAGCAGAAACAAUCAAUGGGAAUUAUCUAGUUUCAGAUUAUGAUUUACAUUGUGUCACAGUAUACAAUACAAGUGGACAUUACAUGUCUAGAUUUGGUCAACGUUACCUAUCCGGUCCUAAAGGUAUGGUUGUUGAUAGUCGUGGACGUAUCGUAGUAGUCGAUCAAAAAUCUUGUAUGAUAUGUAUUUUCAAGCCAACUGGCAAAUUUAUCAAUCGUUUCGGUGCACGUGGUUUAGCUGAUAAUCAUUUUGGCAAUCCAGUGUUUAUAGCUGUAAAUUCACGAGAUGAAAUAUUUGUCUCUGAUCAUAUACAUCAUUGUAUUAAAGUAUUCGAUAUAAACGGUCUAUUUUUAUAUAAAUUUGGCAUAAAUGGAAUUGAUCCAGGCAUGUUACAUGCUCCAACGGGCAUUGGAUUUGAUCGAUCUGAUCAUAUUUAUAUCAGUGACUGGGGGAAUAAUCGAAUACAGGUAUUUGAUCAAACUGGAAACUAUGUACGUAUGAUUGACAGUAAACUGGAGACAUUAAGUGGUCCUCAAGGUUUGGUGUUGCAUCAAUCAUCUAAUAAACUUCUUGUGGUAGAUCCAGGCAAUUAUUGUUUCAAGGUGUUCAGUGCCAAUUUACCAGAAGAACACAAGCAACAAUCAUCAUAUUAGUUAGUAGGAAUCAUUGCUUCGAUAACCGUCAAUCUCAAAAAAAAAAAACAUUGUAAACUCAACAAAGCCUUUCUUAUGUGAUUACAAAAUGAAGCUUUCUUUAUCCUGUACAAAAGAUGGUCCUAAUCAAAUAAGUUUUUUUUUCUGUAUAGGUUACUUUUUUUUGAAUUUUCCUUGAAGAUUACAAGAUUAUCAUCAUCAUGGAAUUUCAGGAGGUUUCUUUGAAAACAUGUGUAUGCAUUUAUAUUAUCAACAUGAUGACAUAGAGCUUAUAUUUUAUCAGGUAGAUAUAUGAAAACAUCCAUUGACAAAUCACUUAACAUAAUUAUUACACAGCUCAUCAACUUUUGGGAUUACUGAGUUUCUGAUAUUACUUCAAAAUACUUGAUUUACUACAAAAUCUAUUCUUAGAUCUGAAUUUAAAGCAAGUUGAUUGGUUGGUUGAAUUUCAUUGAUCGUUUCUCAACAAUGAUUUUGAAGCACACUUUUAGCUACAGAUUAUUAUGUACAUAAAAUCACAAAUGAUUCAGUAUUUUCUGAAAAAUCUGUGUAUUAGAGUUCAUAUGAAUUGAUCAAAUAAAUAUCAUUUAUUAAAAUAUAACAACUAGAAACUAACUAACUUCAGUGCUCUGUCAUAACGUACAGAAAAUCAAUCGAUAAUUUAAAAUGCAUUAAAUUUUCAUGAAUCUUUUCAUUGCAUGCCAACUGGCCAUAAGUGUAUUUAAUUUUCAGGCAUAUUAAUUCUUCUGUCUUAUACUUUUGUACAUAUGAUAAAUGAAGAAUAAAAUUGUAAUCAUGUAGCAACAUCUAGUUGUUUGAUAUUCUUGUUUGUUAUUUAAAAU